AAAAUCGUCUGCGGUGCCAACAAUAUUUGGCGAUCUUGUGACACAGCAAGAACGUCAGGAAAUCACUAAUACGCCAACAGUUACCGAAAUUGAAGAAGUUAUAUCGAUACUUACUGUAUCAACAAAUAAAGAAGUAAAAAUACAAAGCGAACCCGAAAUUACAAGAAGUCCAGCAGCUUAUGUUUCCGACAAGACAACGCCCAACACACAAAUUUGUAACUUUGAAAAUGAAGAGACUCAUAUUGUAAGGGGUGAAACCGAGAAUGAAACAGAAAAUGAGUCGACUACUUCAAGCAAUUCCAGAAUCAUUGAACGACUGCAAAAAGAGUUACAAAAGUCAGAAAGAUUGAGAGUUACAAUGAAGAAGAAGCACAAACGCCUACAAAGAGAAUACAGGACAAAAAUUAGAAAAUUACAACAAGAAGUAGGUAUUCAAAAACAUGUUUCGAGUGCAUUAAAAAAUCUCUUAAAUAAUGAUCAAAUAAAAAUGUUGGGGUGUGAGUAUAAAAAAAUGCCAAAAUGGUGCGAUUCCACUUUAGUCAAAGCCUAUCAAUUAAAGUUUUCAUGCGGGCAAUCUGGCUAUAAAGAACUAUUAAAGCACGGUUUUCCACUUCCUUCAUUGCGAACACUGAAUCAAAAACUCGAAAAUUUAAAAUUUCAGAGUGAAAUUUUACAUAAAGUUUUCGAAUUUUUACACAUUAAAAUUUCGCAAUUGAAAAACGAUAGAGAUAGGGAUUGUUUACUUGUGCUUGAUGAAAUAAAUAUAUCAGCUAGUACUGUUUUCGACAUAUCCACCAAUACAUAUGUAGGGUGCGUAAUUUUACCCCAGCAUAACAACAACGACAUUGCGACCUAUGGCUUAGUUUUUAUGUUUGCAAGCAUAGGGCACAGGUGGAAACAAAGUGUGGCUUAUUAUUUUACAGCCAAAAAACGGUUCCGUGUAUAAAAAUAUAAUU